CUGACUUUUACAGCAAGCCAUUCACUGGCGAAGACGGUCAAAUCGAACCGGGAUCAUGUCGACACCGAGGAAACAACGCCAGGCAACAACCAAUUUGCAAAAACUAUACGACCAGAUCCAAGAGAUAUCGAUCAAGAUCAAACCUAAGCUCAAAGAUAUUCCUUCGUCGUCUUCCAUCGACGCGGCUUCCGUAGUCAAAGACCUCCAUCAAAUCGCAUCCCUAGCGAAAUCGUUCUCAGACCAGUGUCUCAGGUGGGGGAACGAUGCUCAUUUAGCAGAUUUGCUCGAUCAGCAAGGAGUGAACCUAUGGAACGCCUCGGGACUAUUUCGUCAAGAUUCCGACAGCCGUGUUAUUGUCGCAGCAUUACGAUUGGCAGGUUUCCGGCUGAUGGAGGCAGGCCUGGAGGCUGAGCCGAGUAUCCAAGCCCUGUUGCAUAUGCUACAGGUAGCGAGCAAAACCGGGUCAGCACUCUCAGAGCUCGGAAAUAGCGAAUCGGCUGCUAGCGUGUUGACAUGUGCGGCCAAGUUUGAAGAGGCGCUGAGAAACCACAGUGAUCCGGAUCGCACGCACGAACACUCCAAGGCACGCGUCACCACUCUGUAUUUUUCAAGUAGAAUGGAAGCCGCCUGGAGGGAGAAGAACGAGGGUCUUGCAAUGUUUAUGGCUGACAAGAUCACAGACAACGAUAAACAGCUUGCAUUGCUUUCCACUCGUGACCGAGAAUUGCUGGCCUCCAAGUUACUGGACAUCGGCAAAUCCAUUUUGAGAACUUGUCAUCAAGGCGGGAAACUCAUGGCGGACGGCAACAGAGCCCCUGAUGCCCUGAGAUGGAUGCAGAAGGCAUUCCAGGUAAUAGAGCCACUGGAGUGCACCCCCAACUCCGAGUUAGCGGAGCUUAAGCGAGCCGUUCUCAGGAGUCUUGCUCGGGGAUACUUUCUAGCCUCAUCCCAUGAUCCAGAGAAUCUGACGCGGGCGGAAGUUGCGCUGGAAGAGAUUAUCUCCACUAUUGACCCCUCGGUUGAUCACACUAGUUCCGAAUAUCAGCAACUCCGCUGGAUGAAACUAGCUGUGGUCAAGCGGCAAAAAGCUGGGAAUUCAGAGCUUCUUCACGCGCUGGAGUCCAUUAUUGAUAACAUGACUUUUUCUGAGGGCGACUUGUCCGACAUUCUCUUGGAGCUUCGCAGCCUUACUCCCCAGUACGGUGUCGUGACUUCCGCGAUCAAACGUUGCCUCUUGCGGGCAUUGGAUACGUCCGCGAAUGUGGCUUCUAUCGAAAAGUUGCUUGUGUCACUACUAUUCCACUGCUCGAAGGGUGAUGAUCACGGGAAGGCGAUGAAGGAGUUGGAGGAGUCGUUCCAAGAAGUUGUCAAAUCGGACGUUGAACUUUCAAAGGCAGCUGCGAGCGCCUGUCUGACUCUGAUAUGGCAGUAUGGCGACCGUCACUAUCAUGCCUCGCGGUGGCCGGAGGCAGCCGAUUGGUUCAUAUGUGGCACCCAUGCCGUAUUCUCAGGUUUGGGACCCUCAUGCACUUCGAAGUGUCUCCGCAAAGCUGCACUGUGCUAUAUUCAACAAAAGGAGUAUGCAAAGGCGGCAUUUGCCGUCAAACGGUGUCCCGUAAAUGGUGCCACGACCCGUUAUGUGGUAUUUCUGAUCGCUGUGCAUCAAGGUUUGGAAGAUGAAGCUACCAGAGCCGUGAGGGAAAUGGUUGAAGCCACCGAUUUCGAUCGAAGAAUGCUCCUAUUGGCAUGCCGGCUUGCGCACGAUUCCGACAUGAAGAGUCUGCUUUUAUCGGUGCUCAUGGCAUUACUAGAUACCUUGAACUUUCGGAUCGACGUCGAAAACUUGACAGAAGCCAUGACACUGAUACGGUGUAUCAUCAGAUUAACUCUGAAACUCCUCGGACAGCCUGGCGCCAACAUACCACCCCUUGUUAAGACAUUACUGAAUUACUUCAAGAAUGCCAAGAUCCUCGUUGAAAAUGUCGCCUGCGAGAAUUUCGCAUUGGUGAUCCGGGACUUAUCAUGGCUGUGGCGUACUGCGUACAAUUGUGCAAUCGAUGGAUGUUCCAAUUGGGAUAACCACGGCGAAGAAGUUUCUAACGCUUUCGAUAUUGCAAGACAGCUACUCGAAUUAUACAUAGCCAAGACGCUGACGGAAGUAGAGCCUUCUACGUACGUCUAUAUUGCGAAUGCUUCCUUCGCCGCCACCUCUGGGCGAGUGAUCAUAGUGCGUGAACGGUUAUCAGGCGCCGAAGCUGUAGAGCCUGAAGUUCUGCGGAGCCUCUCCGCAGAGAUCAAAUCGUGCGCAGGCAGGAUCGCUGGUCUGCUGGACAAGGUUCCUCCAGCCGAUCGUUCCCAUCUCCAAUCAUUCUUGCACUUUCUGCGUGUCUUCCAUGUUGAAUCAGCAUCACAUCUUGGGGGUUGGCCGUCCGUCCUGGAGACGAUCGAGGAGGCUGCACGCGAUCACCACCAAUCUCUCGUCACCUAUGAGGCAAUUGGAGACGUUCUGUGGGAGAACAAGAAUUGUCCCAUUAACGUACUCUACGCAGCCCUUGAGGCAAUCCUACAUGCAUGCCUCGCACACACCCAGCUGUCUUUGGACAAAUUUUCACGGUGGUUGCGAUCAAUAUGUAGCAUCCUAUUGGCCAAAGGGUCCGGGGCUGACCGGUCUAAAGCCAUUCAGUACUUCGAGCAGGCGAAUGCAGUCCUGGAAGAGCAUGGUGACCUGGUAGAAAACGGAAACUUUCUUUAUCCAACAGAUGAACGAUUAUGGCUCCUUAGCACUGCCUACAACACGGGGGUGGAAUGCCUGCAUGCAUCCCUUGUCGACGAGGCUAGACGGUGGUUCGAAUGCGCCACCGUGAUCUGUCGGUUUGUUCCGAAUGGCAAAGCUCGCGCAGAGAAGAUAUCAGAGACAUAUACCGACCUCCUGGCACACUACACAAGAAGCUAGACGAUACUCAUGGGUUUUGGGCACAUCACACCUGUGUGUGAACGCCACCCAACCUCCUUCGCUUUUUGCCCGCAUGUUUCAAUCACACACACUUGUCGUUCUCGAUAUAUAUGUAUCGUGUGAUGGAAUAGAACCCAUGAGGAUGUCAUCAUUGUUGCGCGAAG